UCACUAUAUAAACACACCACCGCCUUAGCUCUCUCGAGCGCCUCCCUUCCUCCCCCUUCCCGCAACUUUCUAGAAGCAUCUGGAAGCUUCGGUUGGGUGCCCCAGGUGAGGGAUCUCGUCUCCGAUCUCCCUCCUCCCUAACCUGCACCGCCUUGAUCGAACCCAAACCUCUAUCCAAUUCCCAUAGUUUUGAAAGAUUUUUUCAGUUUGCUUUCAAUUGUCGUAGUCGUCAGUUUGCCCGGCGCCGCCGCCUCCGGCGAUCCCCAUCCAUCCCGCGAGCGAGGAGGGCCACGGCGCCGUCGUUCGUUCUGCUGCUUCCGCUGGCAUCAAUCCUGGUGUGGUGAGCACAUCCUCCGCCACCUCCGCCUGCGCGGCUGCGCCGAUCCCCAUCCAUCGCGCGAGCGAGCGAGCGAGCAGGGUCGCCGUCGUUGUCGUUCGUCCUGCUGAUUCCGCCGCAUCCGUUACGCGUCGCGCAUCCUCUUUCCCAUCUCUCUCUACUCGCGCACUUUUUCUCGAAUUUGAAUUUGCGUUAAUCCUAGCUGCUUCUGUUCUAGAAAUUUGCCUUAACCUUUUAAUACUAAUAACAGUUUGUUUGUUCCCGAAAAGUUUGGGGGUUCAACUGAACCCCCAUGUUAGAUCCGCCGCUGGUUCCCGUUAGCAUUUUCCACUCUAGACCUUCCCGUCAUGGAAUGCGAUGAACGGUUUUUGGAUUUUGGUGGAAAUGGUUGGCUUGAUAAUUUAGAAGAAUUCUGAGUGAUCAUUUUGGGAUCUAUUUAUAAUUUUGAUCUAGAAAGUUGGAUUGUUCUGACAUCUCAGUUGGCCAUAUUAAAGGUUUUUGCAAAGGGUUAUCCGGUUCAAAUGUACCUUCUGUUUCUUCUCUGUUCUGUAGAACAAAGUGUAGUUUGUUGUAUAUUUUGGUUCGUUAUACACUGCAGAUAGAACUUCUGAUAUGCUAGUUCAUCUGUUCAUGUAAACCAUUGUAACAGCUUGGAGUAUUAAUGAUAUUUUAUUUUGCCACUGUGCGAUGUUCGAUCAAUCCCCUGUAAUACUUUUCCACUUCUGAUCUUCUUUCAAGAAUAAUCUGUAUUUGCACUGAAAUCACCAAUUAUUGUGGACAAGAGUGAGCAGGUGCAAGUAGUACUGGUCUGAAUGCUAUACAUAAGGAAAAUAGUUUUUUACACACAAAAGUUGUGUUACACAAGAUUUACGCAUAACCCAUGCUUUUAUGUUUUUUUAUGGAAUAACCCAUGCUUUUAUUCAUGAAUUUAAGCAAUCUUAACUGUCACACCUACUCACAAGUCGGAAAGUUUUCCAAAAUUAUCACACCAGCAAGUAAUAUGCGAAUUUUCAGUUCAUUUCCUUUUUCUGAGUUCACUACUAACUCUUGUGAUCAUCAACCAAACAAAAGUCAUGGGGAUUACACUUGUAGAGUGUAGUCAUUUUGGAGCCCGUAUCUAUUUUAAUAAUAGUAAUAGUACCAUGUGAUGAUUUUAUUAGAGAACUAGUCAAGUAAAUUGUGCUUUGUUUCUAUUGCAUUGGGCCAAUGAUCCUGCAACUGAAUUUUUACGCUUUCAGCUUCAAACAAGCUGCAUAUCAUUCUGCAAAUGUUUCGACCUGUAUGUUUUAUGGACAUAAUUGUGCCUUCUUGUCAAGUUACUUUAUAUAGGACAUACUGGUAGUUUACUUAUGUACUGGACAAAGAAACUAGCACAUGUGGAUUGAUCAAAUCAACUCAUAAAAAAAUAAUAUCACUAGCACCCGUUGCAUGUUAGAUUUAUUUCGUUUUGGUUGCAUCAUAAAUGCAUGUUGUGAACUUGUGAUGCAUCACUUUUCCCAUUUCAAGUAGCGAGAGCUAGUGGCAGAGUAAAGCUUGCCUAUUCUAUUAGACUGUCAUGCAUUUCCUUUUAGGUUUAGGUUUAUAUUUGAAAUGGAUUAGAUAAUUAAUCCUAGCUUUCUGUUGAAUUCUCUUAAACUGUUGGUUGCCUAUUCUAACCAUCAGAGAUUUUGCUAUCUGAGAAUAGGUGAGCUAGAAACAUGGUACUUUAUGCUGAUCCUCCUCCCCCAAUAAAACCCCCUGAAAUUAAAAUCAAAGAACUAGCAAAUAAGUCUACAUAUGAGUCCUCAAUGAUGGAGCAAAAGACAAGACUGCACGCCAUUGAGCGCCACAGGUCGUGUGAAGUGAGUCAAGCAAUCUUAUCUGAGGUAGAAAAUCGUCAUCAACAUCAAACCCUUGAGCCCAUCAAAAGCCCAAUAUCUGGGUGUUCUCCUUCAGUAGAAUCAACUACAGACACCAACACAGUACACAGGCAUACGGUUGCAGAUGCUGCUUGGGAGGCCCUAAAGAAAUCAAUAGUUCACUUCAGAGGCCAGCCAAUUGGAACUGUUGCUGCAAUAGACAAGUCUCAGGGAGCACUCAACUAUGACCAGGUUUUCAUGAGGGAUUUUGUUCCUAGUGCAUUGGCUUUCUUGAUGAAAGGAGAACCAACAAUAGUGAAGAAUUUCCUGUUAGAAACUGCUCGCCUUCAGUUAAGAGAGAAGAUGGUUGACCUCUUUAAGCUUGGUCAGGGUGUGAUGCCAGCUAGUUUCAAGGUGCACCACUGCAACUCUAAGCACAAAACUGAAAGCCUGCUUGCUGAUUUUGGUGAAACUGCCAUCGGAAGAGUUGCUCCUGUGGACUCUGGCUUAUGGUGGAUUAUUCUUCUUCAUGCUUAUACCAUAUGGACAAGGGACAAUUCUCUGGCUGAAAGUCCUGAAUGCCAAAGGGCAAUGCGUCUUAUUCUCAAAUUGUGUCUCUCUGAAGGGUUUGAUACAUCUCCAGCUUUGCUUUGUGCUGAUGGCUGUUCCAUGAUUGACCGAAGAAUGGGUAUAUAUGGCUAUCCGAUUGAUAUCCAGGCUCUGUUUUUCAUGGCUCUGAGAUGUGCCGUUACUUUGUUGAAAGAAGAUCACAACGACGACUUUGUGUACCAAAUAUCAAGGAGAAUCAAAGCUUUGAGCUACCAUCUGCACAGUUACUACUGGCUUGACUUCCAGAGGCUGAAUGAGAUAUACCGCUACAAGACAGAGGAGUACUCAGAGACAGCCUUGAACAAGUUCAACGUGAUACCAGAAUCAAUCCCUGACUGGAUAUUCGACUUCAUGCCCAGCCGCGGCGGGUACUUCAUCGGCAACGUCAGCCCUGCGAGGAUGGACUUCCGCUGGUUCUGCCUGGGCAACUUCAUCGCGAUCCUCUCCUCGCUGACAACCGGAGAACAGGCUGAAGCAAUCCUGGACCUUGUGGAGGAGCGCUGGGAGGAGCUCAUCGGAGAGAUGCCCAUGAAGGUGUGUUACCCCGCGAUGGAGAACCAGGAGUGGCAGAUCGUCACCGGGUGCGACCCCAAGAACACCAGAUGGAGCUACCACAAUGGAGGAUCAUGGCCAGUGUUGCUGUGGCUGCUGGUGGCGGUGAGCGUGAAGCUGGGGCGGCCACACAUCGCGAGGCGGGCGGUGGAGGUGAUGGAGAAGCGGCUGGUGAAGGACGAGUUCCCGGAGUACUACGACGGGAAGGCCGGGAGGUACGUGGGGAAGCAAGCGCGCAAGUUCCAGACGUGGUCCGUGGCCGGCUACCUGGUCGCCAAGAUGCUCCUCGACGACCCCUCCAACCUCCGCGCCGUCUCCCUCGCCGACGACUGCCACAUCCGCUCCGCCCCCGUCCUCAAGCGCAGCAACUCCUUCCCGUGAUGAUCAACACAAUGCUCAAACUAAGCUCACACCGCACUUCACAUAUACUCACCACCACCACGUAAUUAACGCUGCCUCGCUGUUAAUGUUCUUAUACGUACUUAGUAGUAGAAGUACUGGUAGUAGGAAUUUGGGUGCACUCGUUUCACCGGAUGCCUCAGCUGGUGGAGAUUUUGGUAGCUUGGAAGUGCACGCGCAAACCUUGGGGUGGAAAUGGAUUUUUUUGAUCAGGAUGUUGGGACGCUCAUGAUUAGACCUGGAUGGCUUUGAUGAUAGUGGAUUGAUUGUCCAUCCACAUUGAUGUCGAAUCUCUUCUGCUUAUACUGAGCUUGUUGUUCUUGUUGUUUGUCGGUUUA